AUGGUGCCCAAAAAUCCAUCACCAAAUGACUCCAUCACAACUACCACCACCACUGGAGAUCAUGACUUGAUAAAGACAGGAAACUAUGAUAUGAAGGCCAGGGUGGUUGCCGAAAAACUAAAAGGAAAAAAAGACCUCGAAGUCAUCGAAUGGGCAAAAAACACUCUCAACUUCUACAUUCAAUAUCGCAGAAACAUUUAUCGAUGGAAAAAAAACCCAAUCAUUUUGAAAUUGGCCAAGCAAUACGCAGGAUUAAUCGUUGAUGCCGACGUUCCUGACAGAAUUAAAAACAGUUACCGGGUUCUCAACUCAAAAUUCGAGCAGUUGUACGAGUUCUUGGUCACGUACAUCGGAAUCGCUUUGAAAUAUGAAAUCCCCAUCACCGACUCAUUCAUCAAAACCAAAUUCUAUCAACUUUGUCCCUCAUUUGAUUUGUCACCCACAGAAGCCGAGGGAUUCGUCAAUAGUGCUUGCGAUAGACUCAAAAAACUUUAUAAGACUUCCAUCAAGAAUCUCGAGGUAAAAUACAUGAAAAGUGCCACAAAGCAAGUGUAUAUUAACGAUCGGAAACAUCUCAAAAACAUCUUUGAUCUGAAUGAUCCCAAAAAUAUCUAUUUCGUCAAUGUACACUUGAUGCAAUACCAAUUAUUGGACCGUGAACGAGCUGAAAAAUAUGGAAUUGAUAAUGAAGAUUGUGAUGAUAUCAAAGAACAUGAAAAACGAGAAGCAGAUCAGGAUCAAAAAGUACGGCAACAGCAUGAUGACCAAUAUGACGAUGAAGCGGGUCAAGAACAAAGUGAAGAAGAAGAUGAUGAUGAAGAAGAAAAUGGUGGCGGCGAAAAUGAUAUCCGCGAUAAUUUCUCACCCACCGAUGAUUCAAUCCCCUUUUUGUUAAACAAAUUGUUAACCAUGGUUUGUUGUGCAACCAUUGACGGCACUCGAAAAUGUCGAGCAUCCUUCAUUAGCCUGACACCAAACCCGUCAAAAUUAAAUGCGUUAAACAAACAUUGCAAUUAUUAUAAUACCUCUACUGGCUGGACCUCCAAAGAGUUUUUCACAUCAUAUUUACAAGUUCUCAGCCAGGAUAUUCAAUCACACCAAGGAGCCACUGAAGAUCAUCAAGUGUUGGUUUUAUGUGAAAGCAGCAUCCAUCACAAUGUUCCAGAUUAUUUAAUUCCCCACAACAUCAAAUUGGUCUGUAUCAGUCAAGACAUUUUCCAAAAUUUGCAAAAGUUCGAUCGGGUGUCUCAAAAUAUUAAACGAAACCACCAGAAAAAAUUAUUAGAAAAUCUUCGCAAUUCUCUCAGUAUCAUUUCCUCAACAAGUGUAUCGAAUAUCCAAGUCAAUAAAAUCCGAUUUAUUUUCAAGUCUCUUAAAACCCCAAUUAUUGAAUCUAUGAACAUUUUGAAUGAUGCCUGGCUUGAUUUGUCACCAACGGUGUUCCAAGAAACAAAACACAAUUACGAACUUGCCUAUAAUACCUCAAGUUAUCAAAAUACCCACAAUCCCCCACAUAUUGAACCACAAGAAAAUUAUACAGAAAUCACGCAGCAUUUGGAAGCGAUAAACAAGUCGCACAUGGUGCACAAUUCAAUGUUCCAUAUAAUUCAAAAUAUCAUUAACAUUGAUAGACCCGAUAUUGUUCUUUCUAAAACCUUGGACAUUGGUCGAUUGCAAGACUUGCCUUUAUCAGAAGAUUUAAUUUACAGGAAAACUCAAAAAAAAUUGAAUCACAAAUCACUUGCUAGUAGUACUAAGGCAACUCCCGAUGCAACCGCGGUUUCCACCAGAUCACCGUCAGUGACUGCUGCUGGCGGAUUGAACAUUGGUAACAAGUCCAAUGUUCUUUCUAUUCAUUCGAUUUUAAAUUAUGGUAAAGAAGGCUUUCCUUCGCUGGCUGAUGGGAAAAAGGUGGAUAACACGGACUUUCCUAAUUUCAACCACAACAAACGGCCGGCAGUAGAACCACAAUUUUCAUCCGUUAAAAAGCCUAGAACUGCCCAGGUCACCUCUGAUGAUAGAUUGAAUGAUUUUAAGAAUGCAGUGGUCAAUCUUCAUGUUCAAUUCGUGCAAAACCCUGUUGGUCCUUUCAAAAAUGAAGAAAUCUACAAAGAGAUGACGUUUGAACAGAUUUUCAACAGGACAAUAGAUCAAUAG